AUGCCUACAUUCCGGAGUCAAGACAUCCCCGAUCUCCACGACCAGGUCAUAAUCGUGACCGGAGGCAAUGUAGGGCUCGGGUACGAGACCAUCCGCCAGCUCAGCGAGCACCACCCGGCUAGGAUUUAUCUCGCCGCACGAUCCCGCAGCAAGGCCGAGCAAGCCAUUGCAGAGCUCACCAGAGCCAGUCCCAGCUCCACAAACAUCAUUCGUUUCCUCCAGCUCGAUCUUGCCUCCUUUGACAGCGUCAAAGCCGCUGCUGCAGAAUUCCUCCGUCAAGAGUCUCGCAUCGACAUCCUGAUCAACAACGCCGGAAUCAUGAUGACUCGGGAAGGUCUGACACAGGACGGCUACGAGAUUCAAUUCGGGACCAACGUCCUCGGUCCCGCGCUGUUCACGCAACUUCUCCUCCCGACUCUCCGUUCUACAACAAAUCUGAACCGCCAGACCCGGAUGGUGAUGCUCUCGUCGGCCGCCCACGCUCGGGCGCCCAGUGACGUCUACAAAUUCGACGAACUUCGCACAACUGCCCCUAGCCGACACACCACGGAGCGCUACACCACAUCCAAGCUCGCCAACCUGCAUUACGCGAGGGCUUUGGCGGAGAGAGAGACGGAGGUCAAGAUCAUUCCUGUGCACCCGGGCAUGGUGGCGACGAACCUGCACCAUGCUUCCACGGGGACUUUUCUCAAACCCUUCCUCUCUGCUGCGGUUUGCUUGGCGGCUACCCCGGUCGAGAAAGGCGCCCUCUCGCAGAUCUUUGCCGCGGUCAGCCCUGAGGUAAAACAUGGUCAGUACUAUGGGCCGAUCGGCAAGGCCGAAGCAGGUUCCAAACUCAGUCAGAACCAUGAUCUCCAGGAGGAAUUGUUCAGAUGGGUGCAAGGGGAGCUUGUUGGGCAUGUUGACACUGUUUGGUAA